UUUAAUUAGGGUUUUAGCAUUUUGGUUGAGAAAUCUUAGAUUCUCUUGGAGCUAUAAUUUCGAGUUCAUUGUUAUAUUUAAUUCUUGGUCUUCAUGUGGUUUGUUACAUAGCGAUGAUUUCAUAGCCCUUUUGUUUUUUUCUUCUCAGUUUCCUUCUUUCAUAUAGGGGUUUAGUUUACUACCACUUUCUGUGUUAUUUUUUAUUGCUAAUUUCAUUAGUAAACUAGGAACACUCUGAUUUGGGGCUGUAAUAUGUUGCUGUUAGCUUAGCGAGAAAUAAAGGAAAUGUUAUGUUCGUAAUUUUGUUCCUUUUUUUGGUUUUCAAAAUUUGGAAGCAUCCUAGUUGUGGUACCCUGUUCAUCGAUGAUCUAUAUGACGAAUUUUGAUUUGGUCUCAGAAGUGCAUUUCUUGUUUUGAUUCUAUUCUUAAAGUUACAUCUCGAUUGAUGGGAAUCUUCUGAUACAGAUCAUAUAUCUAUAGAGCAUUAGUCUUAAGGUUGAUGCUCAUUUUAGAUGUAUGGUAUUGUUUUUCAUGGAUCAAGAAAACAUUUUUCAUUUGAUAUGAGCUUCCUGGUCAAAAUUUACUAAGGAAGUCAAGGACAAAUUAAUGCUGAGUUAAAGGUUUGAGGUAGUAAAUAAAUUGUUUCAGUGUUAGAAUCUUAUCUAGUGUCAAAUUUGAUGGACUCAAAUGUGUUCUAUCCAAGAGGUUAUUCAAGUAUACUUGGAAUUAAGUGAGGCCAACAUAUUGCGUGGAAGUAGCCGCCAUCCUCCUGUCAAAUGGGCGCAGAGGUCUGAUGAACUCUACAUAACAGUUGAGUUGCCUGACGCCCAGGAUGUGAAGCUAAAACUGGAGCCAGAAGGAAAAUUUUACUUCUCUGCAACUGCUGGUGCAGAGAAGAUUCCCUAUGAAAUUGACAUUGAUCUGUUUGACAAUAUUGAUGUAAAUAAUAGCAAAGCUAGUCUUGGUUCAAGAAAUAUCUGCUACCUAGUGAAAAAGGCUGAGAACAAAUGGUGGGACAGAUUGUUGAAGCAAGGAGGGAAACCUCCUAUCUUUUUGAAAGUUGAUUGGGACAAAUGGGUUGAUGAAGAUGAGGAGCAAGAUAAUAAGCCUGCAUCUGAUAUGGACUUUGGCGACAUUGAUUUUUCCAAGUUGAACAUGGGAGGGGGUGGAGGAAUGGAUUUUGAUGCUGCAGGCGAUGAUGACGAUGAUGAGAGUGACACAGAAGAUGAAGUUGCAGCACAAGCAUCUACUGGCAAUGAACUAGAUACAAAAGACACCGCGGGUGGCGAUCCAAGCGAUGCACCUCAUAAAGCAUAAAUUUUUUGCGAAUGGUGAACCGAUUCAUAGUUAGUUGACAUGUUCACUUCGUUUUCAGCCUUUUGAUCCUGGACCUUUUUAACAAGUUUGGCAUAUACGUGUUGGCGUUACAUAAUACUAUUCGAUAAUUAUAUGUCUUUGUUUCGGUUAGAGUGGAUAAUUGCACCUCAUCUGAGGUAUG